CGGCCAGGCCCGCCCCAUGGCUCUGCAGAGGCUGUGCCGGAGCGCCGGGGCGCUCGGCUGCAGGAGCAGCUCCGGCCUGCAGGGCCAGAUGCCGGGAGAACUGGUGGAGGCCCUGCGAGCUGUAGUGGGGAGCCCAAACGUGUCCACAGCCCUGGCUGUCCGGGAGCAGCAUGGGAGGGAUGAAUCCAUGCACAGGUGCAGCCCGCCGGACGCCGUGGUCUGGCCGCAGGACGUGGAACAGGUCAGCAAGCUGGCGGGGAUCUGCUACAGUCACGGUGUCCCCAUCAUCCCCUUCAGCACUGGCACGGGCCUGGAGGGCGGCGUCACGGCAGUGAGAGGCGGCGUGUGCUUUAACCUGACCCGAAUGGAUCGCAUCACAGCGCUCAGCACUGAGGACUUCACUGUGGCCGUGGAGCCGGGGGUGACCCGCAAAGCGCUCAACAGUUACCUGCGGGACACUGGCCUCUGGUUCCCUGUUGACCCUGGCGCCGACGCCUCCCUGUGCGGCAUGGCGGCCACCAGCGCCUCAGGCACCAAUGCCGUGCGCUACGGCACCAUGCGCCACAACGUGCUCAACCUGCAGGUGGUGCUGGCUGAUGGCAGGGUGCUGCACACGGCCGGCCGGGGCCGCCACUUCAGGAAGAGCGCUGCUGGCUACAACCUGACGGGGCUGUUUGUGGGCUCCGAGGGGACGCUUGGCCUCAUCACCCAGGCUACGCUGCGUCUUCAUGGCAGCCCUGAGGCCAUGGUGGCGGCCGUGUGCGCCUUCCCCAGCGUGCAUGCGGCGGUGGGCUGCACAGUGCAGGUGCUGCAGGCCGGUAUCCCCGUGGCCCGGAUUGAGUUCCUGGACGAUGUCAUGAUGGCCGCCUGUAAUCGAUUCAGCGGCCUGAGCUACGCCGUGUCCCCCACACUCUUCCUGGAGUUCCACGGCUCGCCCGGCAGUGUGGAGGAGCAGGUCCGGCAGGCAGGGGAGAUCGUGCAGCUGAACGGUGGCUCGGACUUUGCCUGGGCCCGGGAGCCGGAGGCGAGGAACAAGCUGUGGGCUGCUCGGCACAACGCCUGGUAUGCAGCCUUGGCCCUGCGCCCUGGGAGCAAGGGCUACUCCACAGAUGUGUGCGUCCCCAUCUCCCGGCUGCCCCACAUCGUGGGAGAGACCCACAGAGACCUGCAGGAGUCAGGGCUCACAGGCCUGAUAGUCGGGCACGUGGGUGACGGGAACUUUCACUGCAUCUUGGUGUUCGACCCGGCCGACCUGGACGAGAUCCAGCGGGUCAAGGAGUUUGCAACCCGACUGGCCAGACAGGCCCUGGCCCUGGACGGAACCUGUACAGGCGAGCAUGGCAUCGGGCUGGGCAAGCGCCAUCUGCUCUGGGAGGAGAUUGGGGAGCUGGGACUGACCAUCAUGAGGCAGAUCAAGGCCGUGCUGGACCCCAAGAACCUCAUGAACCCCGGGAAGGUGUUGUGAGGGGCAUCUCCCACCCCUGCCCAGCCAGCCCAGAGCACCAGCGCUGGGAAGGCAGGUUCCCUCCCCCUCCCCAUGCAGACAGCGACUCGGAGCAGAGGCCAGGGGGAGCCCCAAGUCUCGACCCUUGAGCCCAGUGGAUUGUUUAUGCCACAGGAAGGAGGGACUGGAAGCAGUAGAAAGCGGCAGGCUUAAUGUCAGCAAACCCCUCUUUGCCCCCUCACCUCUCCUGGCCCUGGGCUCCACCCCCCAGAUCUGCUACUGCCCCCCUUCACCUCUCCCAGCCCUGGGCUCCCCAUUCACCUCUGCCUCACCCACCCCCCGCCUCUCUCCACCCUACGACUCCCCAGCUCUGCCCCAGCUCCCUCCACCCUCUCCCAGCCCUGUGACUCUCCCUAGCUUUGCUAUUGUCCCCCCUUCAUGUCUUUCAGCCCCACGCUUCCCACCCUCAGCUCUCCCUCAGCCCCCCUGCCUCUCCCAGCCUUAGGACCCCUACCCCAGCUUUGCCAGUGGCCUUGUGACAAUGUAGGGAAUUUUCUUAACAGUUUGUAUGAAUACUGUGUGGGCCUCA